AGGGAGGGACUCGACGAUACAGUAGCAUCUAAGACAGUAGCACCAUCAAGGUCAUCUAUAUCAACGCCUAGGAGGCUUGGAUCAUUCACAUUCACAUCUAUGCGGUUGACGGGGCGGUACGUAGAAAAUCAAUUAGGACAACCGAGGGGCUGGAUUCGCACGUCUACAGUCUCAGCCGAUCCUCCGAUCUGAUGUCCCUCAACAAGCAGAAUCGAAAGCCGGAGGACGACCAAUUUGACGACCUCUUGCACGUAUGCUGGCCACAUCAAGAAUGCUCGAGCUGUCUGAAGCAAGGCCCAUGCUCCUGGUGUCCAACAUCCUCCACUUGCGUUCCAAACAUGUAUAAAAUCCAUCUACUAGCCCCUAUAUCCAAUGCCGAUAUCUGCCCCCUGUGGUCAGAGCGAUGGGAACUCAGAGCUCGAUGCCUUGGGUGCCAUGUCUCGACUAUCACGCUCCUCACCUGUAUCGUCUCGGUCUGUUCAACGUUUCUGGUGAUCGGACUUGUUGCAGUUGCAGUUAAAGCAGGAAUAGAGGUUCAAAGGAGGUGGAACGCCCGUUCGGAUGGUUGGUGGAAAGCAUGGAAAUUGUAUCGAGGAGAUUGGUGGAGUUGGAGAUUUAGACUGGUGAACCUAAGGGAACAGGAUGAUUCGGGAGAGCAGCGCCCAUUGUUAGGAGACGCAUGAAAUUCCAACCCUAGAUACCCAGGUAUAUAUAUAUAUAUAUACCGUAGCAUUUGGGUUCUGCUGAGGUCCAUCAUCGUGCCCUGGAAUAUGCCAGCCGUUCAUCAUCCUAAUUUCCGGCAGGACGAGUGGCGCCCUACAGGCUUGUUCAUAAUCAUGAUCUUGCCAAGUAU